UCGUCAUGGAGACGGUGGUGGUGGCGGCUGUGGUCGUCCUGUCGUUGGUGUUCUUAGGUUCGCUUCUAUCCGUCGUCUUACUUUGUCGUCGCAAGUAUCGCGGCUCCUGGCCCGACGCCGGAGUAGACGACCAAUUGGUGAAGGACGAUACCGAAGUAGAAUUAGACGACGUCCAAUCUCGAUUCGAUAUAGACAGCAUCUUGGCCGACGAUCGAUGGAUAGACGAUGCCACGGGCUUAAUCCCGCACUGUUUAGCCAUUUUGAAAAAAUGCCGUCGUUUAACCGAAAAUUUAGUGGCUAUGACAAGUAUCAGCAAAUCUGGCAAGCAGUUAGAUGAAAUUGUAGAAGUGGCUAAAAGAAUCGGACCGAGAAUCGACGAUGUGGUUCAAUCCAUGUAUCCUCCUCUAGAUCCUCGACUUCUGGAAGCCAGAUGUGCUGCCUUAAUUCUUUCAGUCACUCAUUUGGCAUUGGUUUCCAGAGUUGUUUGCAGGGUACAAUCGGAUUAUCGUUGGAUAGAAGAAACAUUGUCCGAGAUGGAAGAACACGUGCAGAUUCUGAGAGAAGCGGGAUUAGCAGUUGAAGCUUUUAUGAAAUCUCAAGCGAAUUUUAAUCCAAAUGGUAUAGAACAUCAACAGAUAAGUCCAACUUGAAGUAUUCAGCUAAUAGUGUAUAUCUUGAUACGUUUUAAGAGAUUUUAAAAUAGCUGUCAAAUUGACUAUUCAAACAUUGUAAAUUGAAUUAUAUGUAAUCAAUUAUUUGUUUAAUUUUUCAUAAUUUUGUACUAGAUCCGGUUUUAAAUAUAGGCUAUAUUAUUUAAUAAAUACAAAAUAUUUCUUUUGAUUAGUCUAAGAGUGUAUUUAUCUACUAUUUUUGAUUCUUUCCGUCCUAUGGACACUAUUAGAGUAUUUUUUCCAAUCCCAUCAUGGAUUUGGAAGGCCCAUAACAAGAGCCAGUUGAUGGUGAUGGACUGGUUCCGACAUAUCUAGGACAGACCGUCUCAAAAAAAUUGAUGAAAUUUUUCCACCCACCGGAUUUAAUCCCGAGUUUCAUAGAACGGUAGACGUGCCUAUUAACUGCCUAGGCCAGUGAUGGCGAAUCUGUGAGCCGCGCGACGAUAUCAAGGUACCCACAUUAAAUAUUUAGAAAGUAUUACGUUUUUAUAAAAUAAAAACAAAAAAAUUAAUAAUUUCAAAUCUGCAUAAGUAUUGUGGAAAUCCUAAUUCUGUCGUCAAAAGUCAAAGGUCCCUAAUUAUGAAUCUCAAGUGGAAAAAUUAUCAUCAAGUAAACAGAUUUCCCAUUAAACGAAAU